AUGGAUUGCAGUCACGGGGGCCACCCAGGCUUCCCACCAGAAGAAUUGAUACCAUCCUCGACAGGAACUUUUCUGAUGAAUGACAAUCUGAUGACAAGUGUUCCCCCGACGCCUGUACUCCUAAACCUGUUAGAACUAAGCCUCGAAGAUAACUCGAUCACGACGCUUGAAAGAUCUCCCUUCCGUCUGCGUCCAAAUCUUCAGAUUCUUCGACUUGGAGGGAAUAAAAUCACCAAUGUGGUCAGUGGUGCUUUUGAUGGACUAAGCCAACUUCUGAAACUGUAUCUGAAUCGUAACAACAUCGAAACUGUAGAAGCGUUUUCGGGGAUUGAUAGUCCAAGUAGUUUGGAGAUGCUGGACUUACAGGGAAACAAACUUACAUCGAUAGCGAUCAGUAUGUUCACUGGUGUCCCAUUGCUUACGGAGCUCAACUUAUCGUCCAACAACAUCUCAACGAUUGAAGAUGGGAGCUUCAGUGGUCUCAAGAAGUUACGUGUCCUCUAUCUGCAUUCCAACCAGAUCCUUCGGCUGACCAACGAGACAUUUAUGGGGCUGUCCUCGUUGAAGAGCCUUGUUUUGGCUAACAACAAGAUACAGAAUCUACCAGAUAUGGUCUUCAAUGGUGCCAUAGCGCUGGAGUUUCUGGAUCUUGUAUCUAACGGAAUCUCCAAAAUCACACGGAAAACAUUCUCUGGAUUGUUCAAUCUUACGGCACUAUCUCUGGAUAGUAACAACAUCAGCACUGUAGAAGACGGUGCGUUUCGUGAUCUGGUCAAACUACACACACUGUCACUGUUCACGAAUUCGCUACAGGACAUCUCCGCAUCCACUUUUAUCGGUCUGGCUCCUGACGAUAGAACAGACAACACAGGACUGGAGGUGCUGUACGUCUCAAGGAAUCGCCUCACGGCUGUGAGGAGGGAGGAUUUCGCAAGGCUAACAAAACUGUCUUUUUUGACGCUAUUCGACAAUGAAAUUACAAGUGAGGGACUAGAAGAUGGUUCAUUCGCCAAUCUCGGCAACCUUGUCUUCUUAAGUCUAUAUGGCAACCGUCUGACGAACAUUUCUGCAGCAACAUUUCAAGGCUUGACGGCGUUGCGAACAUUGCUACUUGGAGGAAAUCAGUUCCAAAGCUUCAACGCGUUUGCUUUCGCCAAUCUACCAGCUCUAACAACGCUUUUAAUUCCGAGGAACCCUUUCAGUAGCGCUUCCUUACAUCCUGAUGUAUUCGGCAACCUAACGGCAGUGCAAUAUCUGGAUAUUGCCGGAGUAAAGAGCUUGUCACCGCGUGUGUUUCGCCACCUACCCUGCCUCCAAACUGUGACAUUUGGGUUCAGUCUUACCUGCGAUUGUGACAUUCUUGCUCUAGCAAAAUGGCUGAAUAAAACAGAUGUGAAGGCUGAGCGAUAUGUCACUUCGUCACAGCCAGUGGCUUGCUACAAUCCACAGAGGUUGAGGGGACGUCCUCUCAGCAACCUUCGACAGGAAGACUUGCAGAUGUCGUGCCCAACGACAACCGACCCACCACCCACGGAAUCUACUGUGCAGACCUGCCCAACAUCUCUUACAACUGAAGUGAUGACAUCUCCUCGUCCUGUGACCACACCAAGCUCAACAACACCACCUUCGUCGUCCUUUACAACACGAAAGCCAGGAACAUGCACCGCCCCAACGGACAUCACCGUGCAAAACGUACAGGACUCUCGUGCUGAAAUCUCAUGGUUGCACGACGGUAAAUCCAUUAAUGUGGACCUCACAGGAUUCAUUAUUGAGUACCAAAUUUUUGGGCAGAAGUCGUGGAAAGAUACGCAAAAAGUUCACGCCGAUGAACGCUACUUCACCAUGGUUGAUGUCGUUCCUAGCACCCCCUACCAAGCCUGUGUGGCCGUGCUCUGUAAGGGCAAGAAUAUACAGGCAGGAAAAGACCACUGUGUGCCUUUUACAACGAAGAUGAGAUCUACAACAAUAGUCGGCUUGGCCGUAGGCAUCCCUUUGCUGCUCGUCAUCCUCUGCCUAGUAGCGGCAGUCGCCAUUGCCUUAAAGAAGAGAGGACCUUUUUCUUCAAAGCAUGAAGCUGGUCACUCCCCUGAGCGUCCUCAACUCCAGGAAGACAAUCACAGCAAGGCUGACGCUGCAGUACGUCCUGAUCGGGAGAACAGGUACCAAAACGCAGGGUUCGAAGAGAAGCAAGGGGUUGAUGGAAUCACCAGCUCAUAUCUGGAUUUGGGCAAGGCUGGGGACGUCCUCAAUUCAGCAGGCCCACCUGCUCACAUAGCAGAAGCUCCAGUCGUCCCGGAGACGUCGUGGCUCCAGACACGAGAACAUUCUGGCGGCUAG